AUGACAUCUCCACUACCAUCGCACGACUCCGUGAAAAGAGACACCAACACACCCUGUACCGGAAACGCCCCAAAUAAUCGACAAAAAUGGUGCAAUCACGACAUCUACACCGACUACACAACCACAAUCCCCGACACGGGCACUCUGCGAGAGUUCUGGUUCGACCUCACACAAGCCAAGCUCGCACCCGAUGGCCGCGAGCGAUGGACGCUCACCAUAAACGGAACAAUUCCAGGCCCAACCAUCAUCGUCGACUGGGGCGACACUGUGGUCGUUCACCUACGAAACAAACUCCCCUCCUCCAUCUACAAUGGUACCAGCCUCCAUUUUCACGGAAUCCGCCAACUCAACACGAACCCCAUGGAUGGCGCAGUCUCCAUUACACAGUGCCCCAUUGCACCAGGACAGACCAUGACGUACCGCUGGCGAGCCACGCAGUACGGGACGACCUGGUAUCAUUCUCAUAACGGACUUCAGACGUGGGAGGGUGCAUUUGGUGGAAUUAUCAUCAAUGGGCCCGCCAGUGCGAACUACGACGAAGAUAAGGGGGUGAUUUUGUUAAAUGAUUGGGAUGUCAGGACGGUGGACGAGCUUUGGGAUUCCGUGCAAGCCUCCGGACCGCCCACGGUGGACAAUGUGCUUAUCAAUGGGACGAACGUCUUUGGUGAGGAUGGGAUGGACCAAAUAGGACGGCGAUUUACGAUGUCGUUCACCGAAGGCAAAUACUAUCGAUUGAGACUGGUGAAUGCGGCUUGUAAUACGCAUUUCAAGUUUAGUCUUGAUCAUCAUGUUUUGAGGGUUAUUGCAGCGGAUUUGGUGCCUAUUCAGCCGUAUAAAACGACCGUACUGGAUAUUGCGAUUGGUAGGCAGCUGCCCCAGCACUGUCAAUUUGUUGAUAUCUUGAUGACGACAAUGAGUCUAACUCUUACCUCUCGAAUUCGCAUUCUAGGACAAAGGUACGAUGUCAUCGUCCACGCUAACCACUCUGCUUUGGGCAAUGCCUUCUGGCUCAGAGCUACACCCCAGCUCUCCUGCUCCAAGAGCAUCAAUGCAGAUAAAGUCCGCGGAAUAAUAUACUACGAUGACGAAAACCCUCACCCAGCAAUUAUUCCCAACUCCACAGCCCACAAUUUCACAGACAGCUGCCGCGACGAAGACCCCUCCAACCUGAUCCCCAUCAUCUCCCAACCCUUCCACCUCGCCCCAUCAGGUUCCUUCUACAACGAAACCCUCCAAGCAACGCUACUCAAGACCAACUCUUUCUACCGGUGGCAACUCAACGGCACAUCCUUCUCCCAGAACUGGACUCGGCCCAGUCUGCGAUAUCUGCACAAUCCAAAUGCAAAUAACAAGUCAGCGCGGAGGUCGAGUGCAAGCUCUAGUCCUUGUUUGGACAAGAUCUUCCUGCCGGCGAAUAGCAUUGUUACGACCGAGCCUGAGACUUGGGUCCUCAUUUCGAUCGAAAGUUCUCUUCCCGUUGCUCAUCCUAUUCACCUCCACGGCCAUGAUUUUCUCAUUCUACAUCAGGGAUUGGGGCCCUAUGGUGUGCCCCCUUCUACGACUGAAACUGUUCCUAGGGCUCGUGCGGCCGGCACAGUACCCAAACGCGAUACAGCUUUACUCCCGGCGGGAGGAUCCCUGGUAUUAGCCUUCCGCACCGAUAACCCGGGGGUGUGGCUACUUCAUUGUCAUGUUGGAUGGCAUCUAGAGCAGGGGUUUGCAGUGUCGAUUGUUGAGCGGGGAGAGAAAGUUUGCGAGUUAUUAAGUGGUCAUCGUGGCAGUGAUAGUAAAGGAGAGUGGGCUGAGUGGGCCCAAAGCCUGGAAAAAAAUUGUCUUGUUUGGGAAAAGUAUGAGAAGUAUUGGCAGGGGGUAAAAAAUGGGCCUGAGGUUUGAGAUUGUGAGAUUUUCAUGAGAGUUUUUCUUGCCUCUUUUCUGUUUUCGAACUGGUUAUUGCGGGGGUGAAGUUAAAGUCAAAGUUAAUGACCAACCGGCAAAGUUAGAACUGGAGGUGGAAGGAAUUCUAGAUUCUAGACUUUCGAGCUACGGUCC